CAAUCUCUCAUCAUAUAUUAAUGAUCUGCAGCUAUCUCGAGCGAUCUUUUCAUAUUUUCAUAUAAACCACUCUCUUCUUCUUCUUCUUCUACCAAAUGCUCUCUCUUCUCUGAUCUCCAUUUCCUAGCUUCCUCAGCUCUUUUUCUACUUUAAUUAAGAAAUCUGCAGAUUUCUUAAAGAUAGAUAGAUAUUGGAUAUAUAGUCGCUCUGAAAUUCAUUUCUCUGCCCAUUCACUUAUAUAGAUCAGAUCAGAUCAGAGGCAAAUUAUAAUCUUUGACAAGUUAAUUUUUUCAAUUAACUCAAAGUGUUCAUCUCCAGAUUGAUCAAAGUUUAUACGCACUUACUAAGGCAUAAUACAAGCUUUUCGAGAUCAAAAUGAUGUCAAACAUGUCUAAUCCAGAUAAUGGUAUAGUUGUGGGUUUCAAGGAGGAAGAGAAAACUAUCAUAGAGCAUCUUAUUUAUGGGUCAAAGGAGAGGGAAGUUGUUUUAAUUACUGGUAUGGGCGGAUUGGGAAAAACAACUUUAGCGAGGAGAGUGUAUGAGAAGAAAAAUGUAGUCAACCACUUUGAUAAGCGUGCGUGGUGUAUUGUUUCUCAAGAUUAUGAUUGUAAGAACUUGUUGAACAAAAUAUAUAAUGAAGUUUGUGGCCACAAGACAGAGAUUGACAAUGUAGCUGAAGAACUUCGCAAAAGACUUAUGGGGAGGAGAUACCUCAUAGUGUUGGAUGAUAUUUGGAGUGUGGAAGCAUGGGAAGAGUUGAAUAGAGUUUUCCCCGAAUGUGACAAUGGAAGUAGAAUUGUUUUAACAAGCAGACAAGAAAGUGUGGUUUCUGAUGCCAAACAUAUUUGUCUUCCGUUCUUCACUAUUGAUGAGAGUUGGGAAUUAUUGCAAAUGAUGUUAGUUAAACAAAAGGGAUGUAUUGAAGAGCUUGAAAAUGUUGGUAGAGAAAUAUCUAAAAAAUGUGGGGGAUUACCUUUGACAGUUGGUUUGAUAGCGGGUCUUCUUGAAAAAGUUGAAAAGAGUGAGCAAAUGUGGCGUGAAUUUCUUCAUACUCUAAACUCACAUGCUACAUUUGGAGACAGAAUACAGAGCAAUGAUGCGAUAGAGCUUAGUUACAAAUAUUUAUCAGAUCAUUUGAAACCAUGCUUACUUUAUUUUGCUGCAUUCCCAGAGGAUAAGGCAAUCAAAGUUUCGAAACUAAUAGAACUAUGGAUAUCUGAAGGAUUCAUCAUAGGAAUGAAAGAGAAAGGGAGAGUAGAAGAUGAGGCAAGGGAUUACCUAAAUGAUCUAGUUAGCAGUAACCUAAUUAUGAUGUCUGGAAAGAAUUAUCAAAGUCUAGCAUGCAGGGUUCAUGAUUUGGUACGUGAUUUUUGCUUAACAAAAGCUAGAGAAGAAAUUUUCUUGGAGAUAAUUAAUAAUAUGGAAAAGAAGUGGGAUCCGACUCUCAAUUUUACCCCGCAUUGAAUAUGUUUGCAUUUCCAAGGGAUAUCUCAUCUGUCUUCUAAAUUGGUACCAUGGAAUUCUUCUAUUCGCACAAUUUUGGUUUUCAGCCAUUAUACUGAUCGAUCCUUAUAUAAUGGCUCAUGGAUUGCUAAAAAUUUUGAACAUCUCACAAUUUUGGAUUUAGAGGCAAUCCGUGUGCACCAAUCAAUUUUGUCUGAAGUUAACUCACUGAUUCAUCUAAGGUAUUUAGUUCUCAAGGUAGAUGGAGAUAAAUAUGCUAAUGCAGAUGAUGUCUCACCAGUAUCACUAGAGAAUCUUGAGUUUCUCAUAACAUUAAAGUUGCACUCAGUAAGUGUGCAUUUCCCAAUUUUUUUUUGGAAUAUGAGAAGAUUGAGACAUAUGAUUAUUAUUGGUGCCGAAUGUGAUGAUUCUUGUAAGGAGAAAUCAAGAUCAGUUAUGAAUGAAGCAAUUCCUACUUGUUCAAAAGAAUUGCAAACUUGGGAAUGGCAAUGUCCUUUCACUCCAAAUCAUGAAUGUUUAUUGAGAGAGCUUCCGUGUCUCAGAACUUUGAGUUGUAAGGUUUCAAGUUCUGAAAGCUUUCCUAAAAUUGACUUUCUCCAUCAUCUUGAGAAGUUAAUCUUAGUGAGUGCCAGGAGUGGUAAUGGAAGUCCACAUCUUCUUAAUGAUCUUAAACUCAGCAAGUUUCCAUCAAGUGUCAAGGAACUACGUUUGACUUCUAUUACUCUUUCGGUGUUUGCAAUUUCAACAAUUGCACAACUUCCCAAUCUUGAGACUCUAGUACUAAGGAAAUGCAUGUUUGAGGAGGGCUUAACAUGGAAUGUGGGGGAGGAAACCAAAUUCCAAAAACUCAAAAGCCUCCAAUUAAUUUGGGAUUAUACUAAAAUUUGGAAUAUUAACAGUGCUGCUGAGUCCUUUCCUUGCCUUGAGCAAUUAACUUUGAUAUUCUGUAGGCACUUACAAGUGAUGCCUUCUGAUUUUGAGGAUGUUUUAACAUUGAAAAUGAUCUCUGUGAAGCAUUGCAAUCCCAUUGUUUACAGUUGGGUGAAGGAAAUUGAGGAAUGCGCACGGGAAUUAGGAAAUGAGCAACUCCAGGUCGACAUCGACAUCGACAGGCCAGCUAGGAUCAACUCUUAGCAUGAGUCAAUGCAUGAUAAUCCUACUUUCAACUCGGAGCAUGAGUCGAAGUUUGUGAAUGAGACCUUGGAAUAAAUUCAAAUUAGUUCUACAUGCCAGGAUGAGGAAAUUUGAUGGCAUGUGUGCUAAAAUAAAAAGAGGAGAAAGAGACUAGGUGUGUGACCAAAGUGAUGCAUAGAGUAAUCACAACUUGAUAUUACUUUAUCUUUUAAAUUUGAAUAAUAAUAUUAAUAUUUCUA